AUGACCACACUGGCACCCGACCCUUUCCACCGUCCAGCCAUGCCCUACCCACCGUCACAUCCUCGCCACUACAAUGGCGACCCCGGACCCAGUCAGCCCUCCUCCGCUUCUCAGCGCCUUCUGUCUCAAGUCCUCCCUCUGCAAGCUCCGCCAUCCUCAUCUCAAUUGCAGCUGCAACAGAAUUCAAUAGCAAACUCGUCUGCAACAGCUGAAGUCUCAUCGUCAGCUUCAUUUACGGUACAGCGCGCAGCUCACAGCUUAUCCUCCAACGCCGCCUCUUCUCCACCCACAUCCACCUCGCAGUAUAGCCAUCCACCACCGCCACCUCCGCGUACACCCUCUCACUCGGCCCGUGCGACGCCCCAGCAGAAACGUGCGCGCCUUCAUUACGACUUUGGCACAUCCCCCACCUCCACCACAACUCCCCUUCCAUCCAUCGCUGCUGCAUCCCUUGUCUCACCCAACACGCACAUCACAAGCUCUACCGCCACAUCCGCCGUCAGACCGCUUUCGGGCAUCGCAAGACCGUUGCCAAUGCCACCCACACCAACGCCUCCGCAGCGCUCUCCGCGUUCCGUCAAUUCCAACCAACCCUUGCAGCCAUUGCCACACCGCUCCGUACACGACUUUGAGAAGCUCAUCCCGCAGCGUCGUCCUCCACCUCCAAUCGCAAAUGGUCGAGUCGCGCCACAGCGUACACUCUUGCAGGCCAUCCCUCCACAGCCUCCCCCCGUGCAGCCUGCAGUGCACCAUCCCGCCCCGGCUCCGGAUCGGCGACCACCACCUCCAAGCAUAGAUAUCCUCCCGCAUAGGCCCGAGAGUCUUCUGACAGGAUUUCGCUCCCUAGACCUUGACCUUGAUCGCAUCGCCGAGAUCGCGAGCCUCGAGCAUGCCCAUGCACACAACCUACCGACAUCACAUAGCGCUCCUGGCACAGACUUGCCGCAAUGGCUCCAUACAUCACGCGGUCUCCCAUCAGGAUCCAUCAUCGAGGCCAUCGGACCUCCAGGUAGUGGCAAGUCGUCCUUCGUCGUCCAGACGGCGGUCACCGAGCGUCUCAGGUCCUUGGCUCGAGCACGCAGAUCCCUCGAGCAUCAAGACAGCGACCAAGACACCUCGCAAGCAGAGAUCGACCGACAACGUCCGCCCAGCACGGAUACACAUCCGCACGCCAUCUUCUUCACAGACGACUUUUGGGACGCCGAAGUGGCCAGCGCCGAUCAGGUCCUGCUCAUCGACUGCGAAGGCGCACUCACGCCCGAAAAGAUCGCAGACGCUGCGUGGAGCACGAUUGCAUCUCUGUGGUCACACGCAAAACAGCAGAACCCGGCCAACGAUGCAACCGGACGGGCCGACGCGGCGGCGCCGGACUCGGUAGCGGAAAGUCGUGCUGGCAUGCCGGAAGUUGUGCGUCGCUUGGUCGCGGCCGUUUUGGCAGGCACCCACAUCAACCGCGUCACGAGCACUGCGAGUCUCGUUGCACUGUUGAUCUCGCUGCGGCCCACAGACGAGCUUCAAGAUGGCCAGGCUCUGCCCUGUUGCAUGCCUCCACGCACGUCUCUGAUCCUCAUCGACUCGCUCUCGUACCACCUUCGGCUGUCAGGCGCCAGCAGCUCGGACCGCAAAGCAAACCAGCAGCUCAGCGAGCGCAUCCGCGACAUGCUACUUCGGCUGCAGAAGCCGUUUGAACAUCGACCCAAGCCGGAUCUUGGCCCUGAAGAGCGCGAUGCUGCGCGACAACGCGCCACACAAGCGGCGCAGAAACUGUGUCUGCCGACGAUCAUCUUUACGAAUCAGAUGGGCAUGCGUCGCGAUCGAGCCGAGUUGGAGAGCUCGGGUCGCAACAGUCCGUCUGGCUGGGCUGCUGCCAGUCCCGGCUCUCGGUCGUUCCGUAAGAAUGCCCCGCGCGGCGAGGGAUCUUCGAUGCUCGCGCCGCUCUUGAACGGACAGCGGCCGCCGCAGCCUGCAACCAUCCGCGACGCGCCGCCUGCUCCGAGCGUGGCGCUGUGCGGACCAGAGAUGGGCGAGGAUGGCGAGGCGUUGCUGCUGCCGCGCAUGUCACAGCAAGCAUGGAGUCGUGCGUCCGGACAGGCGAGUCCGCAGCUGGGACACGAUCGAGGUUGGCCACCGAGCUUCCUCGGGCAAGACGUCUGGAGGAUCCUGCUCUUUCGACACGGCACCGCCGGCCGCAGAUUCGCGCAGAUUGUGUCGAUUCCGCCGGCGGUGCAGAGCGAGCUCAGUGAGCUGUGGGUCCAGACGAGAGCGCGUGCACGUGCGUGCGCAAGUGCCGCCUCGGGCCAAGACGCAAACACAUCAACAUCUUCUAACGACGUGGCCCAAGCUGCCUCUGAUGCGGAUGGUGAGAAUGAAGCAGCAUCUUCGAUCUCGGCUGAAGAACAGCUGGCUCGGGACAAAGACCAGCGCAUAUUGGAGCUUCUCGCCCAGCUGCGCGCAAGCUUGUACCGCUGGCGCCCAUUUCAUGUCGCUUCCGCCGGCCUCAUCUCUUAG